AUGGAUCUACUUUUCUCAUUCCUGGAGCCAACCCGUGCCCAUAGUGCUUUGUUGGCUAGUUACUUCAGCAAGGUUGUGAUAUGCCCCAUGUUGCGAAAGACAGUUCCACUUAUGAAUUAUGUUCAAGCUGUUUUUAUGAUCUAUGUUAUUGCUGCUAUUGAUUCCUCCCAGAGUGUUGGAUUUACACCUGCACAAAUUGCAGCAGAUAGAGGCCAUCGCCCUGUUUCUUUGAUCCUUUCUAAUGCACAUCGUGCACAAAACGCUUCCAAUCUUGUUAAGGUCACUGUUGUUGUUGGGCUGUGGGGAUGGACAGUUGUUACCCUUUCAAUCGCCUCUUUAUUGAUGUUUAUCCGUUGUAGCAGUAAAGAUCCUGGUUAUGUGAAUAUGUCGGGAGGGAUAAAGAAUAAUGUUGAUGCCGACGUAUGCUUUCUUUCUGAUUAA